AUGGGUGAAGAGGAUUCGGUGGAGAAGCGCCGGCAGCGAUCAGAGGAAGCUCGACGCGCUGCUCUGAAGCUGAAGGACCAACAAAAGAAAGAAAGAGAACGUCAAAUUGCCGCUGAUAUCGCUAAUGUGGACAAAAAAGCAACGAAACGAAUUGUUUUCAAUGAUUCAGACGGCGAAGAAGACGAAGAACAGACGGCGGAAUCAGGCGAUAAGAAAUCGUCGUCCGGCUCUUCUAAACGUCCAAAGCUUUUCGAUUCUGAAGAUGAAAAAGAUGAAGAUAUAGAUGGAACCACAUUCGAAAUCAAAAACCGACAUUCUGGAUCAAAAGGAGAGCAGCUGAUGAAGUUGGAAUCGCGAUUCAAUAGUGACCCACGUUUCAAGCUAGAUGAUAAAUUUGCUGAAAGCGAUUCCGAUGAUGACAGGAAUGGAGAAGAGACUGCCGAGAAACAAGAAAUGCAACUGGAGAAGGACAAAAAUCGCGAACUUCUUUCGAAGAUUCUAGGAAAAAGUGUUGAGGAGAAGAAACCGAAAACAGCUGAAACCGCUACACUGAAAGCUCGUCCCUUCACUCGUUUUGAUCCUGAAAAUCCUGAACACGUGGAAUGGAUGAAACAGUUUGAUGCUGCGAAAAACCCUCAGAAAUCGUCGAAAAAAUCAGCAGAUGUAGAAGAGAAACCUCAGGAUUCAGAAGACGAUGAUGAUGAUGAAGAAAAGGAAAAAGAUGCGGAGCAAAAAGAGGAUGAUGAAGAAAGCGGAAACGAGGAAUUUGAAAAAGCUGAGAUCUACUUCAAAAUGGAUGAAACGUUUUCAGCAGAGAUGAAAGGACGGAAAGAGACUGGAGAACCAUCUUCAGGCGGUUUUUCUUUCCUAUCUAUGAUGGGAAGAACUUAUGACAAUGAUCCGGAAACAGAAGAAAUAGAGGAUAGUACAAGUGCUGAGAAGGAAGAGAAGAACACCAAAGAGAAAGUAAAAGUAGAAAAACAGCUAAAGAAUGUUGAGAAGGGAUUAUUAAAAGUGAAAGUGAGCACAAAGUUUUUUGUCGAUCCUCUUUCUGAUGAGAAGUUGAGAAGUAUGGCUGCGAAUUUCCGAAGAACCCAAACUCUUGAGAAAGUUAUCGAUAAUUGGGCGCCUCAUCGUGAUGCUAUUUUUAAGUUAUGGAAAAAGCAACGUCGUGACGCCGUCAAAAAACAGAAAGAAUCGUUUUUGACAAACGGAAGAAGGAAGAGAAAAGCGGAAGAUGCUAAUGGAACUGUGAAUAACGAAUAG